AUGUUAUUCUGUACAGUUAGAGUGCCAAUAUUUGGUGGAAAUGUGAAAAAACUAUCAGAAACUGAACAUUUUCUAAUGUUUACAGAAUGAAGAGGAACAGUUUAUCUGUUGAGAAUAAAAUUGUCCAGUUGUCAGGAGCAGCGAAACAGCCAAAAGUUGGGUUCUACUCUUCUCUCAACCAGACUCAUACGCACACGGUUCUUCUAGACUGGGGGAGUUUGCCUCACCAUGUAGUAUUACAAAUUUUUCAGUAUCUUCCUUUACUAGAUCGGGCCUGAGCAUCUUCUGUAUGUAGGAGGUGGAAUGAAGUUUUUCAUAUUCCUGACCUUUGGAGAAAGUUUGAAUUUGAACUGACCCAGUCAGCUACUUCAUCUUUUAAGUCCACUCAUCCUGAUCUCAUUCAGCAGAUCAUUAAAAAGCAUUCUGCUCAUCUUCAGUAUGUCAGCUUUAAGGUUGACAGUAGCGCUGAGUCAGCAGAAGCUGCCUGUGAUAUACUCUCUCAGCUGGUAAAUUGUUCCAUCCAGACCUUGGGCUUGAUUUCAACAGCCAAGCCAAGUUUCAUGAAUAUGUCGGAGUCUCAUUUUGUGUCAGCACUUACAGUUGUUUUUAUCAACUCAAAAUCAUUAUCAUCAAUCAAAAUCGAAGAUACACCAGUGGAUGAUCCUUCAUUGAAGAUUCUUGUGGCCAAUAAUAGUGACACUCUAAGACUCCUAAAGAUGAGUAGCUGUCCUCAUGUUUCAUCUGAUGGAAUUCUUUGUGUAGCUGAUCAUUGUCAAGGCCUUAGAGAACUGGCGAUGAAUUAUUACAUCCUAACUGAUGAACUUUUCCUUGCACUCUUAAGCGAGACUCAUGUUAACCUUGAACAUCUUCGAAUUGACGUUGUGAGUGAAAAUCCUGGACAGAUUAAAUUUCAUGCUAUUAAAAAACACAGUUGGGAUGCACUUAUUAAACAUUUCCCUAGAGUUAAUGUUGUUAUGCACUUCUUUCUAUAUGAAGAGGAAUUCGAGACGUUCUUCAAAGAAGAAACCCCUGUUACUCACCUUUAUUUUGGUCGUUCAGUCAGCAAAGUGGUUUUAGGACGGGUAGGUCGCAACUGUCCUCAACUGAUUGAGUUAGUGGUGUGUGCUAAUGAUCUUCAGCCUCUUGAUAAUGAACUUAUUUGUAUUGCUGAACACUGUACAAACCUAACAGCCUUGGGCCUCAGCAAAUGUGAAGUUAGCUGCAGUGCCUUCAUCAAGUUUGUAAGACUGUGUGGGAGAAGGUUAACACAGCUCUCUAUAAUGGAGGAAGUUUUGAUCCCUGAUGAGGAUUAUAGCCUAGAUGAAAUUCACACUGAAGUCUCCAAAUACCUGGGAAGAGUAUGGUUCCCUGAUGUGAUGCCUCUCUGGUAAUGGGCUGCCAAAGAUUCUGAAAUUGUUGUUGUUUUAUUUAAUCAGUAUGAUUAGCUGCUUUCUAUCUAAGCAAAUGUAAAUUUUAAAAUGUGUUGCUGCUGUAUUUUAGGUCAAAUAUUUGAUUGUUUGCAAACUGACUUAAUGGAUUGCUGCAGAAACAUUUGGAAAAAAAUAAGAAAUUUGAAAAGCAAGAAAUUGCUGUAAAUAGGGCACAAGCCCUGUAUAUGGAUUAGAUGGUCGAUAUGCCAAAAACUACAGAUGGUUUCUAAGUAGAUUUCUCAGCUUUCCUUGGAGGCAUAUUGUAGCUUGCUAAGUAAAUGUGUAAUAUUGAACUUGGAUUCUGUAAAGUUAUGU